GGGCGUAAGCGGCACAGGUGUCCGGGUCUUCGGUUCUGUUGAGCCGCCGACCUCCUCCGCCCGCGCCCGCCGUCUGGCAUGGAGUCCUUGCCUUUCCCCCGGCGCCUCGGCCCUGCGCCCUCGGCCACUGCCGCGCUGGCCGCCGAGCUGGUCCGGCCCCUGGCCGACGGGCUUCUCAAGUCGCCCAAGCCCUUGAUGAAGAAGCAGGCGGUGAAGCGGCACCACCACAAGCACAACCUGCGACACCGCUACGAGUUCCUGGAGACCCUGGGCAAGGGGACUUACGGGAAGGUGAAGAAGGCGCGGGAGAGCUCCGGGCGCCUGGUGGCCAUCAAGUCAAUCCGGAAAGACAAAAUCAAAGAUGAGCAAGAUCUGAUGCACAUUCGGCGAGAGAUUGAGAUCAUGUCAUCACUCAACCACCCCCACAUCAUUGCCAUCCACGAAGUGUUUGAGAACAGCAGCAGGAUCGUGAUCGUCAUGGAGUACGCCAGCCGGGGUGACCUGUAUGACUACAUCAGCGGGCGGCAGCGGCUCAGCGAGCGUGAGGCCAGGCACUUCUUCCGGCAAAUCGUCUCCGCCGUGCACUACUGCCACCAGAACGGGGUUGUCCACCGGGAUCUCAAACUGGAGAAUAUCCUCUUAGAUGCCAACGGAAAUAUCAAGAUUGCUGACUUUGGCCUCUCCAACCUCUACCACCAAGGCAAGUUCCUGCAGACGUUCUGCGGGAGCCCCCUCUACGCUUCGCCGGAGAUCGUCAAUGGAAAGCCCUACACAGGACCAGAGGUGGACAGCUGGUCCCUGGGCGUUCUCCUCUACAUCUUGGUGCAUGGCUCCAUGCCCUUUGAUGGGCAGGACCACAAGACGCUGGUGAAACAGAUCAGCAAUGGGGCCUACCGGCAGCCGCCUAAACCCUCUGAUGCCUGUGGCCUGAUCCGGUGGCUACUGAUGGUGAACCCUACCCGCCGGGCCACCCUGGAGGACGUGGCCAGCCACUGGUGGGUCAACUGGGGCUACACCACCCGUGUCGGGGAGCAGGGGGCCCCGCACGAGGGCGGGCACCCCAGCAGCGACCCUGGCCGGACCUCCGUGGCUCAGUGGCUGUGGCGCUCCUCCCGACCCCUCCUGGAGAACGGCGCCAAGGUCUGCAGCUUCUUGAAGCAGCAGGCGCCGGGCGGCAGGGCCCUCGCCCCUGGCCUGGAGCGCCAGCACUCGCUCAAGAAGUCCCGCAAGGAGAACGCCAUGGCCCAGACCUUCCAGGGGGCCCCAGCCACUGAUGCCUCCCCUCGCCCUGGGAAGGGUGGCCUCAAGCUGCCGAAAGGCAUUCUCAAGAAGAAGACAUCAAAUCCCGCAGAGGGGGCAAUGCAGGGCCCUGAGCCCGGCCCCAGCCCCGCCAACCCAGGCCAGGCUGGCCCGCCGCUCCCCAAGAAGGGCAUCCUCAAGAAGGCGCGCCAGCGGGAGUCCGGCUACUACUCCUCACCUGAGCCCAGCGAGUCUGGGGAGCUCUUGGAUGCCGGGGACGUGUUUGUGAGUGGGGAUACGGAUGCCGGGAACGUGUUUGUGAGUGGGGAUACCAUGGAGCACAAGCCCCCUCCAGCCUCGGGGCGGCUGCCGCAUCGCAAGGGCAUUCUCAAACACAACGGCAAGUUCUCGCACGCAGCCCUGGAGCACACAGCACCCACCACCUUCGGCUCUUUGGAUGAACUGGCCUCCCCGCGCCCUCCAGCCCGGGCCAGCCACCCCUCGGGGGCUGUGAGUGAGGAUAGCAUCCUGUCCUCUGAGUCCUUUGACCAGCUGGACUUGCCCGAACGGCUCCCCGAGCCCCCUCUGCGGGGCUCUGUGUCUGUGGACAACCUCAUGGGGCUGGAGGCGCCCCCGUUGGAGGGCCCCGGAAGCCGAGGCCUGAGGCGCUGGAGGCAGGACCCCCUGGGGACUAGCUGCUUUUCCCUGCUGGACUGCCCGGAGGGGACGGAGGGCGGCCAGCAGGGACUGAGGGUCUGCUCGGAGCUCAGCUGAAGAGGGGGUAUUGCCCAUGCGAGCAGGCUCUGAGAUGCAGCUGGAUGCACCCUAAGGGGGAGGCUGCCUUCUUCCCUGCCUCCCAGGACCCGCAUCCCAGCCCAGAAGGCUGAGGUGGUUUCAGUUGAGCCAUGGGGAGGGCUGGAUGUGGGCAGUGGGCAAGUGAAGUGCGUUGAGGGUUCAAUGUCUUCAGCCCCAUGGAACCAAGAAGGUAGCUCUAGAGGGGAAAUGAGUAGAGA